CGGGAACUUAGUUUGGGAGGAAGGUGACAGUAACAUGGUAUGUAAAUGAGUGCCAAGGCUGUAAUGACCGAGGAGAAGCCUCAAAAAGGACUCAGCAGCGCCAAGGGAAGAGUCUAUGGAGAGGGUAGCCAUAGAGCUGGACUGAUUUAUAGAGACCCGGGGAAAUUAUAAAAGGACAACAGGGAGAAGUCACGUACAUUCGUUUCUAUGAAAAAAAUCUCAUCUCAAGUCGGGAUGCUGAGUUAAGAAUGGCGUCUGCAACUGACUACAGGAAGGUCCCUUUAAAUUCACUAUCUCGCAGUGUAUUGCUACUUCUCGCGAUAUUUCUUGGAUAGUUUAGCCAACCGUAACGGGAGAGGAGAAAAAAAAAAAUCCUGUAGUUGCCCUAGGCAACCGAGAGGCUGCAGCGAGCGGCCGAAAGAAUUGUCGAUCCAUAGAGUCCGACCCAGGCUCUCUCGGAAAAGAUGGGACAGAUCUCUGGGCUGGUGCCCUCUCGUUUUCUGACGUUGCUAGCUCAUCUGGUGAUCGUUAUCACCAUCUUCUGGACGCGGGACAUCAACAUCCAGGCCAAUCUGCCCCUCAACUUCGACCCCGAGGACUUUGAGAAGGAGGAAUCUAAGUUGGUCAUUGCUCUCUCCAUUACACUGUGCCUCUUCCUGAUAGAACUGAUAGGUUUCUUUUCAGGCGUGACCAUGUUCAACAGUACUCAGAGCCUCUUCUCUAUCGCGGUGCACUGUUCUGCAACGGUGUCUUUGGCCUUCUUCGUCUUCGAGGGUUGGGAGGCCUCCACCUAUUGGUACAUCUUCACCUUCUGCAGUGUCCUCCCAGCUACUACUGAAAUAAUAAUGCUCAUCACUGUCUUCGUGUUAAAGAAAAAAUCCUUCUGACCAUCUUUCCACAAACGUGGGGCAGAAGACCGAGAAGGCUUUGAAGUUGGCUCUCAGUCCUUGGGAAAAAAAUGGGAAGCCUGCCCUCAACAGGGCCUGGGGACUAUUGGCAGUGUUCUUAUCCCCCUGAGUUUUGGCACAAUGACAUUGUAUAUAGUACUUUUUAAUAAAACCCAACUUUUGUAUCAUAACUAAAGCUGGUGAAACCAGGUACAGGGAACGUUCAGUGUUGGCCAUACACAGGAGAAGGGAAGAGCUAGGAGAGCAGUUCGUUAGAAAGGGAGCCUAGUCCUUUCUCAUCCACACCAAGUCAUUGGUGCUCCUUUUUUGAUGAUUACUGUCCAAAUCCCAGGAAGGGACAAGGCUGAUUUAUGCAAGUGACAACAUGCAUCACUCUGGGGACAAUACUAAAUGUGGUUCAUGAAGUUUUUUAUUUUUUACCCUUUGGAAGAAGCUGAGGCUGGGUUCUUUAGAUUCUGUUUGGGGUGAAAAUGAGUGGAACAGACCCUCAUUAUUUGGGGAAAGGCAGUGCAGAGUAUCACUCCAUUAGGUAGAUCAGAGUUAAAAUGUCCUGCAUUUGGCUCCCAGAACAUAUUCUUUAGGCGAGCCCUGAGUGGAUGUGACUUCUUCCCAUCUGUAAAACUACUACCGGAAUUACAGUCAUGGUGGACAAAUAGGGAACCCUUAAAUACUUACUUGCUGUGUGAUCCUGGAAAAGUCACUUAACCUUUUUUUCAGCCUCAGUCUCCUCAUCUGUGUGUAAAAUGGAGUUCUUGUGGGGAAAUGGGCAAAUGGUAUCCUAUCCCCACCAGGGAGCUGAGUCAAGAAUUCAUUGUUGUAUUGUACCCCAAAUCUUCACUCUUUCCAACAGGAUUGAAGUGUGACAUGCCACUUUUAAAGGUAAGAGUGACACCCCACUAGAAGGAACUAAUGGUGACUGAAAAAAAAGAUGGAAGGGAGCUUAGUACCUUGAGCCAAUGAGAUAUGAUCACAAGAAACAACGGAGUCAGAGUCUGAAUUUGUUCCAGUUUUGUUCUUUGUUAUCUUCUGGAUUUGGGGUAAACCAUCUUAUUGUAUUUUUUUUCUGGGUAAUUGGGGGUUAAGUUUGACUUGCCUAGGGUUACAUAGCUAGUGUCAAGUGUCUGAGGCUGGACUUGAACUCAGCUCCUCCUGAAUCCAGGGCUGCUUUAUCCACUGUGCCACCUAGCUGCCCCCUUAAACCAUCUUAUUACUAUAGUCAUGGUUUCCUUCCCCCCCUCCCCCCAGAAGGAAGGCAUUGGCCUAGAUGAGCUCUAAGAUUUUUUUUUUGGAGGCAAUUGGGCUUAAGUGACUUGCCCUGGGUCACACAGCUAGUAAGUGUCAAGGGUCUGAGGCUGGAUUUGAACUCAGGUUCUCCUGAAUACAGGGCCAAUGCUCUAUCCUAGCUGCCCCAGCUCUAAGAUUUAAAUAUCCAAAUCUUAGGUUCGAAAUGAAAAUAAAUAUAAAAAAGAACGUUAAAGCAUGACACUAUUCUAUCCCUGAAUAUUACAAAUGUAAAAUAAAAGCAAAAAGAGGUUGGGGGGGGCAGCUAGGUGGCACAGUGGAUCAAGCACUAGGCCUGAAUUCAGGAGGACAUGAGUUCAAAUCUGGCCUCAGGCACUUGACACUAGCUGUGUGACCCUGGGCAAGUCACUUAACCCCAAUUGCCUCACACCCCCCCCAAAAAAAAGAGGUUGGGAACUAUGGGUUUGGAACUUUUUUGCCGAACUCCCCCCACCUUUUCAAUUUUUGUUUUGAGGAAUAGUAAUUUGUUAUAUUCCCAUCUAAAAGGGGUGCAGAGAGGGAUACCUUGGGAAAUAGAGGUAAUAUAAAAACAUUAACAAUAACAAGUUGCCAAUAAAAUCAAUAAUCAACAAGCAUUAGAUGUUAACUAUGUGCAGAGCAGGAAUCCUGAUAAAAAUGCUGAGACUUAUAUAGCAGUCCUUCCUGAAUUUUCUUUAAAAAAAAAUCCAUUCCUGAAUUUUCUAUACUCUCAAUAUCUUGUGUCUAUAUAACACUUCUCUCUACACAAUAUUCAUUUGCUCCUCAAGACAACCCUGUGAAACUGAUGUUAUUAUUAGCCCCUGUUUCAGAAACGAGAGCUUUCAGAAAUGAGUGGUCCAGAGUCAUUCAGCUAGUAGCUGUCUGCCUCUACACAUAUGCAUACAAAACUGUCUGCUACCCUGAAAGCCCUCUCUAAGCUACUUCAUCCCUCAAAAUUGUUUUCUAGAAUGCCUCAGAUAGUUACCUGAUUUACGAUCACCCUCCAAGGUAUAUAAGCUUUGUGGCAGAAGAAUACUAGAUUUAGGAGUCAGGCAUGAGAUAAGAAAUUCUGACAUUUGCAUUCUUGAGUCAUCAACAAACAUCAAGUACUUUAUACAAGGCUCUGUACCAACCCUAGGUGUACAAAGAAAGGCAAAAACUCUUAAGGAGUUCACAGUCUAAUGGGAGAGAUAACAUAUAAACAAUUAGAAACAUACAGAGUACAUGGAAAACUAUAUAAGAGAAGAAAAUAUAUUUAUUUGAACAUGUGUUUUAUUCUUGCACUCAUUUGAUUAUAAACUCAAGAUAAUGUAGACUUCAGUGGAUUUGGCAAAAUAUGUGGAGGAAAAUCCUGGCUCUGCCACUCAAUACCUAUGUGUCCUUGAGUAAACAACAAACUCUCUGGGAAUUGGUUUCUUGUGUAAAAAAGAGGGGUUAGGGGCAGCUAGGCGGUGCAGUGGAUAAAGCAUUGUCCCUUGAUUCAGGAGGACCUGAGUUCAAAUCCGCCAUCAGACACUUGACACUUACUAGCUGUGUGACCCUGGGCAAGUCACUUAACCCUCAUUGCCCAGCCCCCCCCCCCUCAAAAAAAGAGAGAGGGGUUAGAUGAAAUUAUUUCUAAGGUGAUUCCAACACUAGUAUCCCAUUAUCUUAUAAUUGUGUCUUUUUUCAUCUAUUUGUCCCCUCAGGAACUAACAUAGCACCUUUGCACAUCAUAGGCACUUAAUAUACAUUGUUAAUUUAACUGAAAGAGGGCAGUAAAUGUUUCUGGCCUAGGUAGUAGGAAAGUUGCUGAUAUCAUUAACAGAAACAGGAAAGUAAUGAAGAUCAUCUAAUUUUGAUGGGAAGAUGCUAGGCUGUUAUCCAGGUAGCUGUCCCACAGAUAGAUGGGAAGAUCAAACUAGAAAUCAGGAGAGAGGGUAAUAGAUUUAGGAGUCAUGCAUACAUACAUAAUACAUAUAUAUGUAUAUACACACAUACAAACUGGUGAUUUCAGCUCAGUAGAAGAAAGAACUUUCUAUUGGCAAGAGCUAAAAAUGAACUACCUCAGAAAGUCCUAUUAACUAAGGAUGUUCAAUAGAGGCUAGAUGAUGACUUGUCAGGAAUGUUUUAGGCUGAGUUCAUGUAACCAGCUAAGAGGAGGGUCUUUGAGCCCUUCCAACUCUCAGAUUCUAGGGUAACAGUUUCAAAUUUGAAUAUAGCUACAUUUCACAAAUUACAAUAUAUUGAGAUAGGAAUUAAUUUUUACCAAUAUACCUAGCAUAUAGAUCAGCACUGAGACUAUAGUAUUACUAGUAAAUUAUUAUCAACUGUGAAUAUUAACAACUCAUUUAAAUAGUGUUUUAAGGGCCUUAUUUAUGCACUCACAACAGCAGCAACCUGAUAUUAUGUUCUCUGUAUAGUGCACAGCACUAUACUAUGCACAAUUAGGAGUAACAAGUGCUUCUUGGUUAAUUACACUUAACACAGAAAGAAGAAACUGAAGACCAAGACAUGUAUCUAUUGUGGGAAGAGUCAUUCUGGUAGUCAGAAAAUUGAAUUUUUUUUUUUUUGCAGGGCAAUGAGGGUUAAGUGACUUGCCCAGGAUCAUACAGCUAGUAAGUGUCAAGUGUCUGAGGCCAGAUUUGAACUCAUGUCCUCCUGAAUCCAGGCCCAGUGCUUUAUCCACUGUGCCACCUAACUACCCUCAGAAAAUUAAAUUUUAACCGUAGACAGCAAUUUUUGUCUUAUGCAGGCAGCUAGGUAGCAUAGUAAGAGUAUUAGACCUGGAGUUAGAAAGAUGAGUUUGAAUCCUGCCUCAGGCACACGAUAACUAUGUGACCCUGGGCAAGUCACUUGACUUCUUUUAUCCUCAGUUUCCUCAUCUGUAAAAUGAGGUUAAUAAUAGCGGCUAACUCUCAGGUUUGUUUUGAGAAUCAAAUUAGCUAACAUAUGGAAGUGCUAUUCAAACCUUAAUACAGUAUAUGUAUGCUAGCUACCGGGCAGCUAAAUGGCACAGUGACUAAGGAACUAAGGCCAAGAGAAGUUUAAUGAUUUGUCUAGAGUCACAUAGCUAGUAAGUAUCUGAGGUAGAAUUUGAAACCAGGUCUUACUAACUCCAAGUUCAGCCAUGACAUUACAUCAUGCCAAAAGCAUUAACUGUUGCUUUUCUCUCUCUCUCUUUUUUUUUUUUUUGGUGAGACAGUGGGGUUAAGUGCCCAGGGUCACACAGCUAGUAAGUGUUAAGUGUCUGAGGUCAGAUUUGAACUCAGGUCCUCCUGAAUCUGGGGCCGGUGCUUUAUCCACUGAGCCACCUAGCUGCCCUAUUAUUACUUUUUGAUGAAUAAAAAGACGUAGACAUGGGCUAUGUAUUUUUGUUUUACUUUGUGGUGUAACUUCACCUUUUCUUUCAUAAUUACUUUAAAAUAUAGGUCAGGGGCAGCUAGGUGGUGCAGUGGAUAGAGCACCGGCCCUGAAGUCAGGAAUACCU